AUGGACGAAGACACGAGGCCUCUUGCCUCUCUUUCUCUCACCCACGUCUACUAUGACCCCGAAGACCCUCUUUCCUUCCUCUGCGCAUGGCUCGCUUUGCUCCCGCAAGCCCUCUGCAUCGUUUAUGUGACCCUGAUAUGGUCGACCCGCGAGAUCGAAAUCGCUCUCAUGUUCGCCGGCCAGCUCGGCUGCGAGGCCAUAAACUUUGGCCUCAAGCGCCUUAUCAAGGAGGAACGCCCCCGCCGCAUCCACGGCAAGGGAUACGGCAUGCCCAGCUCCCACGCUCAGUUUGUCGCGUUCUGGUCUGUAUUUCUCGCCCUGUUCCUGCUGGUCAGGCACCGACCAUCCCCUGCGCGGCAACAUCAUCGCCCUUACUCGCUCAUUGAGCGUGUCGUCGUCAGUGGCGCUGGUCUCUUCCUCGCAGCUGCGGUGGCGUGGAGCCGAGUUUACCUUAACUACCACACUGUGAAGCAGGUUCUGGUUGGGUGUUUGGCUGGUGCCAUAACUGCCGUCGGCUGGUUUGUGGUAACGGCUGUUGCUAGGGAGGUUGGCCUCUUGACCUGGGGCUUGCAGCUUCCAAUUGCUCGCCUGUUCAGAUUUAGGGAUCUUGUGGUAGAAGAGGAUCCUUGCCAGUCAGGGUGGGACAAAUGGGAAGAACGAAGGGUCGAGAUAGAGAAACACAAGAGCAAAUAA